AUGCUGCCAGCUCUCAGGAUUUGGGCUUUUCUGUGUGCAUCAUUGUGCUUCCUGUGUCCACCGGCUCAUCUGAAAAAGGCUUUCCGAUGCCCUUCAACAUGCAGCUGCUCCAAGGAGUCCAUCAUCUGCGUCGGGUCCUCCUACAUCCUCAGGAUGGCCCCAAAUGAGAUCAGCUCUUUGAGCAUCGUCAAUGGGACUUUUACUGAGGUCAAAGAAGCAAUGUUUGCCCACAUGCCCACCCUCCAGCUACUGCUUUUGAAUUCAAAUUCUCUAACGACCAUAAAAGACGAUGCGUUCGCAGGUCUUCCACACCUGGAGUAUCUGUUCAUUGAGAGUAAUAAACUAGAGACUACAUCAAAAUUUGCCUUCAGAGGACUCAGGGAUCUGACUCACUUGUCUUUGGCAAACAACAAUAUUAAAUUUCUACCCAGGGACGUCUUCAUUGAUCUGGAUUCUUUGAUAGAGUUGGACCUGCGAGGCAACGCCUUUGAGUGUGACUGCAGGGCCAAAUGGCUCAUGACGUGGCUGAAGAGCACCAAUGCCACGGUGUCGGAUGUUGUGUGUGCCGGACCGGAGGACCUGAAGGACAAGCGCCUCAAUGACAUGAACAGUUUGCACAACGAGUGCAUGUCAACGGAUUUUGUUCUUCAUCAGUCUGUGGCGUCUGAGUCCCUGUUUGUUGACACAUUUAGUUUUAAGAACGAUGUUUAUGUGACCAUUGCUGCACCCAGCAGUGACAGCUGUAUGGUUUUCCAAUGGGACCACAUUGAAAUGAACUUCAGGACGUACGAUAACAUCACAGCUCAGUCCAUCGUGGGUUGCAAGUCAGUUGUCAUCCAAAACGAGGUGUUCGUCAUUGUGGCGCAGCUCUUCGGCGGGUCCCACAUUUACAAGUUUGACGACGACCAGAGCAGGUUCAAUAAGUUCCAGGACACCGAAGUGUCCAAGAUCUCCAAACCCAACGACAUUGAGGCAUUUCAGAUUGGAUCUGACUGGUUCUUUGUGAUUGCUGACAGCUCAAAAGCUGGUCUGUCAACCCUCUACAAGUGGAAUGAUAACGGUUUUUAUUCGUACCAGUCCUUGCACGAGUGGUACCGCGACACGGACGCAGAGUUCUUGAACUUGGAUGGGAAGGCUCACCUCAUUUUGGCGAGCCGCUCACAAGUUCCUGUGAUUUACCACUGGAGCCGGAGCAACCAGAAGUUCAUCCUGCAGGGGGAGAUCCCCAACAUGGAGGACGUCGUAGCCGUGAAGCACUUUCGGAUCAAGGACGAGCUCUACCUUGCUAUGACCCGCUACAUCGGUGACUCUAAAGUCUUAAAAUGGGGUCCGAAACAGUUUUCAGAGAUCCAGGCUUUGCCUUCACGAGGCUCCAUGAUUCUCCAGCCGUUCUCUUUCAAAGACCGUUACUACCUGGCUCUGGGAAGUGACUACACCUUUUCUCAAAUCUACCUUUGGGACGACGACAAGAAAAUCUUUGAACGCUUCAAGGAGGUGUACAUCCAAGCCCCACGCUCAUUCACUGUGGUUUCCACCGACCGCAGGGACUUUAUCUUUUCCUCCAGCUUCAAGGGAAACACGCAAAUCUUCGAACACGUCUUGAUUGACCUGAGCUUGUGAGGGACUCUGCUUCACUGUCCUUCCUGCAAUCAAAUGUCUUCCACUCAAAAGAAACAUUUGUGAAAGUAAAAGAAGGAGUUUAUGAAUUCUUAAAUAUUCAUACAUGCCCACAGGUGAGGCAUGAGGUGGUCAUCAUGGUCACGAAUGUGGGAUCAGUUUUGGGUUGUUAAAGAUUUAUUUAAUAGUUCUUUUUCUGAAGUGGGAUGAUUAUAGAACAUUCAGUGAUUUUUAAAAACAAGAAUUGGAGGCACGAGCUUGAAUUUAUUGUGAAUGUUCUCCAUGCCAC